UAUAUUCGGAUGCCGAUGGUGUCAACGUGAUCCAAUGGAGAGGUCAGUUGGAAGAUAUCCGAUGAAAGUCAGCGGGAAGAUAACCAAUGAAGAAGUCAGCAACAAGAGAUCCGAUGGAGAUGUAAGCGGGAAGAGAUCCGAUAGAGAGGUCAGUGGCAAGAGAUCCGAUGGAGAGGUCAGCGGGAAGAGAUCCGAUGGAGAUGUAAGCGGGAAGAGAUCCGAUGGAGAGAUCAGCGGGAAGAGAUCUGAUGGAGAUGUCAGCUGGAUGAGAUCCGAUGGAGAUGUAAGCGGGAAGAGAUCCGAUAGAGAGGUCAGCGGCAAGAGAUCCGAUGGAGAGGUCAGCGGGAGGAGAUCCGAUGGAGAGGUCAGCGGGAAGAGAUCCGAAGAAGAGGUCAGCGGCAAGAUAUCCAAUAGCAAGAUCAGCUGGAAGAGAUCCGCCUUGUACUGUGCCGCAAUAGAUAUUGGUACCUUAUCAACGAGAGUUGCAUUCUCCUCUAAAUACGAUCCGAAAAAAAUAUUCACAAUGUGCACGAAAGAAUGACAAUCAAAGGUACGUGCAUUUAGGGCACUUUGCUAAUACGGUGCCAU